AAAAAAAGGGCAAAACUGGAGCUAAAGUAAUGGAUUCCAAAGAAUUGCUGAACCCGUCGGAUCAAGACGAAACAAGGAAAAAUGCACUCAUCAGUACCAAAGGAGGGAUCGUGAUGGACUUUCAUCCACCUUUCAGGGGUGGAGCUACUCUGCAGGCCCCUAUGUCUACAUCUCCUCUCCCUGUGUCUUCUCAGUCAGAUUCCAAUCAGCAACCUGCUUUGGCUGACUUUUCAAAAGGAUUAGUAAACAAUGUGCCUCAGCCAGACCUUUCCAAGGCAGUGUCGCUCUCGAUGGGACUGUACAUGGGUGAAACAGAUGCAAAAGUGAUGGGCAAUGACCUUAGAUUUGCGCAGCAGGGCCAAAUCGGCAUCUCUUCUGGAGAAACUGACUUCAGGCUCCUGGAAGAAAGUAUUGCGAGCUUGAACAAGUCCUCGAGCCUGGCUGAGGACGCAAAGGGAGCAAUAUCUUCUGAGGUGUCGCUUGAGCCAGAUUUCCCAGGCAUGGCUGGCCGCAAGGUCCCUUUAGAGUCAGGAACUGCAGUCCAAAGCCAGGUUGGCUCGAAUGGUGGCAACUUGAAAUUAUUCUCUGAAGACCAAAGCACCCUGGAUAUUCUCCAGGAUUUAGAAUUGCCACCGGUAUCACCUGGCAAAGAGCCCAAUGGGAGCCCAUGGAGGCUUGACCCGUUGCUAGAUGACGGUGGCUUGCUGUCCCCUAUAUCUGCAGAUGAUGCAUUUCUCCUGGAAGGAAAUCUCGGUGAAGACUGCAAGCCUCCUAUUUUAUCUGACACUAAACCUAAAAUUAAUGACCGUGGUGACCUUUUGCCUAGUUCCAAAAUGCCGAUGCCUCAAGUGAAAACAGAAAAGGAAGACUUCAUUGAACUCUGUACUCCUGGCAUAAAGCAAGAAAACAUGGGCCCAAUUUAUUGUCAGGCAAACUUCUCUGGGUCUAAUCUGCUGGGUACUAAAGUCUCUGCCAUAUCUAUCCAUGGUGUCAGUACCUCUGGGGGACAGAUGUAUCACUAUGAUUUAAAUACUGCAUCGCUCUCUCAGCAGCAGGAUCAGAAACCAAUUUUUAAUAUCAUUCCAUCUCUUCCUGCCGGUUCAGAAAAUUGGAAUAGGUGCCAGGGAUCAGGGGAUGAGACGUUGGCUCCUCUGGGGACGCUCAAUCUUUCUGGCAGACCUGCUUUCUCUAAUGGCUAUUCAAGCCCUGGAAUGAGAUCAGAUGUAAGCUCUUCUCCAUCCACAACCUCAGCAACUACGGGACCACCUCCCAAGCUUUGUCUGGUUUGCUCUGAUGAGGCCUCUGGGUGUCAUUACGGUGUUCUUACUUGUGGCAGCUGCAAAGUGUUCUUCAAAAGAGCUGUGGAAGGGCAGCACAACUAUCUGUGCGCUGGGAGAAACGAUUGCAUUAUUGACAAAAUCCGGAGGAAAAACUGUCCGGCGUGCCGCUACCGGAAAUGUCUUCAAGCUGGCAUGAACCUCGAAGCUCGAAAAACAAAGAAGAAAAUAAAAGGAAUUCAGCAGACUAGCGCAACGGGAACGCAGGAUGUUUCUGAAACGCCUGGCAACAAGAGCAUCGUUCCUGCGUCCCUGCCGCAGCUGACCCCGACCCUGGUGUCCCUGCUGGAAGUGAUUGAGCCAGAGGUGCUGUACUCGGGCUACGACAGCUCGGUGCCAGACUCCAGCUGGCGGAUACUCUCGACCCUCAACAUGUUGGGAGGACGGCAAGUAGUAGCUGCAGUAAAGUGGGCAAAGGCAAUACCAGGUUUCCGCAAUUUACAUCUGGAUGACCAAAUGACCCUUCUGCAGUACUCCUGGAUGUUCCUAAUGGCUUUUGCUUUAGGAUGGAGAUCAUACAAACAAUCAAAUGGAAAUCUCCUGUGCUUUGCACCAGAUCUGAUUAUGAACCAGCAGAGAAUGAAUCUACCCUGUAUGUAUGAACAAUGCAAACAUAUGCUUAUGGUUGCCCGAGAGCUGUCGCGGCUUCAAGUCUCAUAUGAAGAGUAUCUCUGCAUGAAAACGUUGCUUCUCCUCUCUACAGUUCCCAAGGAGGGCCUGAAGAGUCAAUCUUUGUUUGAAGAAAUCCGUAUGACAUACGUUAAAGAGCUGGGAAAGGCCAUCGUGAAGAGAGAAGGGAACUCAAGCCAGAACUGGCAGCGAUUUUAUCAACUGACUAAACUGUUGGACUCUAUGCAUGUUGUGGUUGAAAGUCUUCUGAGCUUUUGCUUCCAGACAUUUUUGGAUAAAUCCAUGAGUAUUGAGUUCCCAGAAAUGUUGGCAGAAAUCAUCAGCAAUCAGAUGCCAAAAUAUUCAAAUGGAAAUAUCAAGAAGCUCUUAUUUCAUCAAAAGUGACUGCCUUAAUACAAAAGGGUUGCCUUAAGAAAACGUCAAAUGAUAGCUUUUUUUUUUUGUAAAGAAAAAACCUACCAGACAUUAAUUUUGUCCUUGCAGCGGUGUUUCUUUUGUAAUUAUGCACUACAUGUGGUUUACAGAGGGCCAAGAUUUAGGCUAUAGAAGCAGCGGAUUUCUCACAUUUGGUAAAAAAACUGGGGAGAAAGGAAAGGAAAAUAAACCUUAUUUGUCCGAAAUUAUCUAUCUCCCCUCGUGUAACAUCCAUGGAUGCAUCAAAACCACCGGUGACAAGAUCUGAGGCUGUGUUACGAACAUUCUGCUAAUUGAUUUCUGCAGUUGGCUGGAGACAAUUUCCUAGGCUUUUUUUUUUUUUUUUUUUUUUUUUUUCCAGUAAAGGUUUUGGGUUUUUUUUUUUUUUUUAAAAGUUAAGGUAGCAUUUUGGUUUAUGCAUGUAACCUGAAGAAAGUUUACAAGUGUAUAUCAGAAAAGGGAAGUUGUGCCUUUUAUAGCUAUUACUGUCUGGUUUUAGCAAUUUCCUUUAACUUUAUAUACCGUGAACUAGGCUUGUUCAUUUUUUCUUACAUAAUUUUUUUGUAAUACUUCAAGAUGCCUAUUGUACAGCUGGUUUUUUAAGGUGGGGCAGCUCGUAGCUUUCCUAAAUGACCUCUAGACAUUAAUCCUUGAGUAUAUUCAUGUGAAAAUGGGUUGGGCUUUUCUAACCUAAUAGCUUUGAACUGUCAAAGUGACCAUAAAGAUUUGGCAUUUUUUUAAGGGCCAGGGUGGGUGCAAGAACACUCUCAGAUCUAAACAGGCACGGAUGAAGCAAAUACUUUUGGUAUAUGUGCAAAGGUGGGUAUGUACAAAAGUGGAUAUGCAGAUUCAUAGAAAAUUAACCCAGUCCUAACUGGAUGUAAACGAGGAGAUUAUUUUAUAUAUUGAAAGAAAAAAAAAAAAGCCUGAUUUUUGCAUAUAAUGCAACAGCCAUAACUAUAGGAGUCACGGGCUGCAUUGAUGCCAAGAAGAUCAGUCCUGACUGCCCAUCAGGAAAUUUUUAGGAAAAUAUGCAUAGCUUAAGAAAAGUUUACUUCUGUGUGGAGAAACUCACAUUUUCUAUACACUUAAAUCUAUCAUCAUACAAGUAUAUAUGGAAAAAUACCAUUGACUUACGCGGCAGACCUGUAAUUAUGCCCAGUGGUAUGGUUUUGUUCUGUUUUCUUGUAUCGAUUCUAGAAAUCUCUUCUUUGGCGAGAUGUUUACCGUCGUGCAGGCAGUAGAGCAGAGCAGCUGCGCUGGCUGCAACUCUGGAUAUACAGGCUCCAAACCCGUGCGGUUAGAGACCCAUUUUCACACCUCCACCCGCCACCGACCGGCUCAUCCUCUUUCCUGGAGAGCAGGAAAGCUCCGCUACUGAUUUUGUGGUCUUAGAGUCGUAUGUCAAACUUUCUGUCUUUGUAAGGCUGCAUCCCUUCAUACCGAAUUACUAGCGUGCCAUAAAAUUACCAUAGGUCUUGUGAAUUUCUCCUUGUUGCCAUUGAUAACUGUAUUUUAAAACGUUUAGAAGCUGUAGUAGCCUUUUCUACGUGCACCUUAACAAUUUUCUGUAUCUCAAAAUUUAAAUAUUUACUAAGCCACUCUAAAAUUUGAUUUUUACUCCAAGUGGCCAGAUUAUUUGUGUAAUAGAAAUGAGAAAGAUCAUCCGAGAAAAUGCAAAACCUAAUAUAUUUUUAUAUUUAGUUAUAGUUUCAAAUAUGUAUAAUCGGUAUAUUCGCUGGUCUGAGAAAAGAAGGGAAGGGCUACUGCAGCUUUAAAAGCAUUUUAUUAAAUGAUUGUAAAAUAGCUUGUAUAGUGUAUAAUAAGGAUGAUUUUUAGAUGACAGAUUGCUUUAUCAUGAUACAUGUAAUUAUAUUUUUUGUAGGGGUCACAAAUAUGCUGAAUGGUAACCCGUACAAGUUGUGGUUUGCCUGGAGGUAGUACUGGAGGCAUCGGUGUUCAAUAUCCAAAGAAGUACUCUGUUUAGAAAGGAAAACCUGUGUUCAGUGGAUGUUUUUAGAGUUGAUUUUAUGUUUCUCAAAUCACUGUGUAAAAAUUCAAGUCGGAGCUUGGAUGGAAUACUCCUAUCUGUAUGGUUGGUUACCAUUCACGAUUCACUGCUUAAAAUCAGACCUCCGCUGCAAAAAAUGUAAGCCGGAACGCCGCGUGCGUGCAUGCAUGCGCCUCUGAACAUACGGGGUUAAUUUCAUAUACAGCCUCACGUACCACAGCAAAAACAGCUUGAUAAAUCUGGCAAUAAUGCACAUACAGGUACCAGCAAUAUGUAAAUAUAGAGCAUAGGUUGUUCACGAUACACUAGUACAUUUCUAGCGUUUGGCAAAAGUUUGUUUCCAAGUGAAAUAGGAAACUUAAAUUUUCAUCCUUUCUUAAAUCUCUUUUUGAAUGUUAUAGCUAAGAAAAGAUACUAUAUUCAGUACUUUGGAGUAAAACAUCUUUAAUAAAAAAAAAAAAGUAACCAUUCUCUUCUCUUUGAUCUGUAAAGAAUAUGUACAUUUUGUAGCCGUUCAGGUAAAGUUCAGUAUUUUAAUUACAACUGCCCGACCAACUCGAUGACGAUAUUCACGUGGCCCCUUCCAGAUACAGAUAGGAGUUUCGUACCGUUUGGUUUCAGGUGGGAUCUUCCGUUAAGAAGAAAACUGUUCUUUUUUGAGAAUGGUUUUAAAAAGUGCAUGCCCGGAUACCUCGAUCUGAGCUUGCGUGAAAGGGCGAGUGGGUGCGGGCGUGCGCGCGGGCGGGUGGGUGCGCGGGCACAAACGUUUGUGCAUUUGUAUACACAAAGAUACGAAGCUUUUUGGUUUGGUGUUUUUUUUUUUUUUUUUGCCAGCAGAAAAGUAACUACAGUGAGCACGAACAAAUUAUCACCUUGAGAGAACUGGUAACAUAGGAGAAGAGAGGCUCUCUACCCCCUUUUCGUCUGUAUGACUGUAUAUUCAUUUUGAGUUUAUGGAUUUAAGGAAAAAAAAAAAAAUAACAAAAAAAAAAAAGGGAACUGUGACGUUA